AUGGCAAACAUUGAAAACCCAGCGAUCCCGAAGGGUUCUACCGUCCUAGUUACAGGUGCCAAUGGCUUCAUCGCAUCUCAUGUAGCCGAUCAGUUCGUCAAGCAUGGUUACAAAGUUCGCGGAACGGUCCGCGACACCCAGAAGAAUGCUUGGCUUGGUGCCUACUUUGACAAAGCCUACGGCAAGGGUCACUUUGAUCUGUUUUCCGUGCCGGAUAUGACAGUUGAAAACGCCUACGAUGAGGCGAUCAAAGGAGUCUCUGCUUUCAUCCACGUAGCUUCUGUGGUCAACUUCAACCCUGACCCAAACGAGGUCAUUCCGACUGCUGUUGAGAGUGCUGCGAUUGCCAUCAAGGCAGCAUAUAGAGAGCCUAGCGUCAAGCGCUUUGUCCUGACGUCUUCUUCAUCGGUGACUUUGACAGCGAACCCAGAGACUUUUAUGAAAGAGAAGGGCGCAGUCGUCACAGAGGACUCGUGGAGCCCUGAUGCGAAAGAGUUGGCCUGGACACCCGGCCCGUGGGGUCCUGAGCAUGGCGGUCCUGUGUACAUCGCCAGCAAGGUCGAGCAAGAGCAGACCGUCUGGAAGUAUCACAAGGAAAACCAGGCAAGGCGUCCCGACCUUGUGGUAAACGCCGAGUAUGCCAUUGAUGUCCAGGAUGACGGCCUUUUGCAUGUCGCCGCGGCCAUUUUGCCCGACGUUAAGGGUGAGCGCAUCUUUGGGUUUGGCAAUCCGUUCUGCUGGGAUGAUAUCCUAGAGAUUCUGCGCAAGCAAUUUCCUAACAGGAAGUUUCACGAUAAAUUCGCCGGCGAACCUUACCCGGCUGUCAUCAAGCCCAGGGACCGUGCUGAACAGCUGUUGAAAAGGCUUGGAAGGCCUGGCUGGACCUCAUUGGAAGACAGCUUGCGGAUGAACACCGAGGACCUUCGAGCCGCGGAUGCCGCCUGA